UCUCGCCGCUCCAACACUCAGGCAACUGCCUAUGCCGUCGAUGCCACCACCAUGGCGUUGACUGGCUUCCACUUCACUCACGGCUUCGCAGGAGGAGCGGUACGUCUUUUCCACUUGCUCUUCACCCCCGGCCCCGAUACCUGUUGCUUCGACAGUAUUCGUUCCAACCGAAUCAAGCCGCGACAAGGAAGAAAGGGCAAAUAGAAGGGCUUGUUCUGGGUCGCACAAACAUACAGGCACAGCUGUAUACUGACAUUUCACUCACAGGGGCGGUGGGUUUGAGGUCCCUUUGGGUGUACCAUCACCGCCGCCGUCUCCGGAAGCGGCGCCCAUUGGCGGACGCGCUUUGAUGCGACGUUCGACCAGUCCGCAACAACCCCCGUUGUUGCGUAGGCGUUCCGGAGACGCCGCGUGUCACAUCACGGAAGAGUGUGAGAGGCUCUUCUGCGAGACGCUGAAGUCUGUAUUCUUGGUUGAGAAGAACACAGGUCUUGAGAACUCGCUUGGGAUGGACAUGCAUACUACUACCACGGAGUCCAUGGUAUCGGGAGGAGAAGGAUAUGGAGCAGAGCGAAUGGCGACAUCGACGAUCAAUGUUACGCCCUCACGACCGAUUCCACUGCAACAGCCGCAGUAUUCUUCCCGCCAUCAUCUCCACCAGCAGGCCGACGCGACUGUGCUCCGUCACGGCCAGAUGACUCCCUCACCAUCGCCAGGUGCUCUGACAUAUCCGCACCCAGGCGGUUUGAUCCGUGACUACAUCGAGGUGUGGGAUUAUGUUGCUGGGGUAGGCUUCAAAGGCUUCGUCGCGGCUGAAACAGGACCCGACGAAAACCAAAGCCUGAUUAUCUUCUUCGACGAACAAGUCGUUGGCGUGGACCUCAAGCCUGGCUUGAUGGCCCUCUUGGAAUUGGCAUCUCAUGAUCGAUUUGACUGCAGUCAGCUCAUCAUCGCACUUGAUCGUACUAUCAACAAGCCUGAUCUCACUGAUCUAGUUCGUGAUCUUGGCUGGGUGGGUUUCGAAUUGAGUAAGCUGGACGCCUGGGCUUCCGGCGUUGAGGAUUGCGUGAGCGAGAAAUGGUUGUUUUUGGGAAUGGAGAUUUAACAGAAUGAACAUGUUUAUGGUAGUCCGUUGGCUUCUUACUGAACAUAUUGAAAACAGAUUGAGUUCCGAGGUGUGGUUCUGUUUGCCAAAUUACCGGGUAUCUCCAUUCAAAAGAUAUAUUGCUUGCUUCUGCAUUGCACUGUGAGGCUACAAAAUCGUCGUCUAAUGUUCCAUGCUUCACGAGUUCUACUGUAAGAUUAUAGUACAGGUGCGGCGUUCGGAGGAUUGUCGGUCCUUGAAUUCUAAAA